UAAAUUAUACAAGUUGGGUCUCCGUAGCAGCAACCUCCACGUGGUGGGACCCGGACAAUCGAUAUUACUUGCGAUGUAACAUAUAUUCUGUAAUUCUAGCGUAAAAACAACGCAAGUACUGUCGAGCUGAUGGCUGCUUAUUUUGGCUUAUAGAAUAUUAUUUUGUUAUUGAAAAAGAAAAAUGUAUGUUUCAAUUACUAGUAUGUUUCACGUAGUACUUUUCAAAUGAUUGAUUAAUAAUAAUAAUAAUAAUAAUAAUAAUUUUCCAAAUUCGUUUCGAUCGUUCGUCCUUCGUCGCAUCUCCAGAGUUUCGUUAUUUUAUUCUCAUAAUUAGAACGUAUUUUAUUUCUCAUCGAAUUUGUUUAUCAACAUUAGGGAUUAAUUAGAAAUGGAUAAUAAAAAUAAAGAAACUAUCGCAUACGUCAAGAUCCCAAGGAAAGAAGAGCUGCGUUGCGUUAAUUGUGAAAUUGAUUUCAUCGAAGUUCAAAAUUCGUUAGCCAAAUCGAAUUAUCAUUGGCAAACGUUAAAAUGUCGGUAAGGUUAAUAUAUUUGUCAUUAUUAACGUUAUUAUUAAUGGAAAGCUGAUAGAAGUGCGUUUUAAUUCUCAAAGUUGUUAUUUAAGAAUCUCAAGAUUUACGACGUAGUUUCAAUAAAACAUCGAUAAUUGAAGUGUUAUUUAAGACAUUUUUUUUCUUUAAUCCAAAUAUUUUCGACUAACGUGAAUUCGUUUUUAGAUUGAUUAUUCAUAUUCUUCCGGAAAUUAUCGCAUCUCCUAUACUAGGCACAGAUAAUUCGAUAUCUAUUAUUGUUUCUAAUGAGUUUUUAGAAACUGGUAAAUUGCAGAAAACUUUACGAACUUUAAACAUGUUGGCAAGUGUUUCAUAUACGAAAUUAAUUAGGGAUUAGUUUGAUUUAGUUGAAUAAUGGAAAACAUUUUUUUUUUAUUUUUUUCUUAUUUUAAAGUUUAAGACUCCACAACCAGUAACAGUGGAAGGUUAUAUAGUUUGUCUUAAUUAUACGAUAGAAUGCAAAUUAUCUCCAAAAUGGAAUAAAGUUGGACAAUAUUAUAUUCAAGGCAAACAUUUUUAUACAUCUAUGCAAGAAAUGAAUGCAUUAAAACUGCAGAUUUCUAUAAAUGAUGGAAACGUGUCAUUUAGAUUUCAACCGAGAAAACUCAAAAUACCAUUUAUACAAUUAGAAGAUUUUUAUUUGUUACGUUCGUCAAUAUUAGAUUUUCUAAUAGAUAAUAAUGGUUUUAUCAAUUUAAUGGAGUUUUGUCAAUCAGUAUAUGUAUUGCCAAGUAUGAGUAUGGGAAAAGUCAUAUCAGUAGCUAAAAAGAUUCCGUCAAGUUGUCCAUUCAGAGAUUACGAACAGUUACGUAGACAUUGGAAAAAUAUGUAUGGUUAUCGGUUACCCAAAACUCCUGAAGGAAUCAUAUAUUACAAUAUUAAAUUUUCAUCUCCUGGUGUUAAUCAUUUUAUAUAUCCAAGCACAUGUGUAGCACUUAAGCCAAUACAAUUGUUUCCUUGCAAUGAUAGUGAAUACAUAAUUUCUCAAUUUAUAGAUGAUAUACGUAAAACAAUACCUGAAAUAUGUGGCAAAAGAUUACAAAUAUUGUCGCAUCAAAAACAAAAUAUACAAUUUUUUUCGUUAAAUGAAUAUACAUCAAGUCUUCAGAAUAAGCUGUCGUCACCAGGAGAUAAGAAAUCGAGCACAUUUCUUUCAAAUGUAAAAAAUAUUGAAAAAAUACCAAAAUCAGAGUUUUUAUCAAAAUAUGAACAUUGGUUAUUAACAGAUACUAAUAAAUCAACGAGUCAAAAUUUAAAACCAACUAUACAUUUAUCUGAAAUUGAAAAAAUUCAUACUACAAGUAUACCAAUUGCAGUUAAUAAUAAAAAAACUGUUCUUAAUGAUCUUAGAAUAGAUAAAAUAAACAGUAAUUUAUUAAAUUAUAAUGGAACACUUGCAACAUCUUUAAAUUGUGUACAGCAUACAAAGAAAAAAUUUCAAUCUUUUGAGACUAAUAUAGAAUCAAUGCAUUCAAUGCAACUAAAUACACAUAUCAAUUCAAGAGUAAAACAAAAAUUUUUGGAUAUAAGGAAUGAUAAAAAAAUGAAUCAAGAUGUAGAUAUAGAAAUGUUGGCAAAGCUUAACCAAUUAGAUCAAGUAAAAUGUUCUGUUUUAAGUGAUUGGCUACAGAAACAUUCAAUUCCGCAUAAAUUAAAAGAAAAGAAAGCUCAGUUAAUAUUAAAAGUAAUAGAACAUAUAAAAAAGAGAAAAACUUGCAACUAGAAUAGCAAAAAAUUAACAAACACAUUUUAAAUGCAUACAAUUUCAUACAUGUUAAAAGUCUUAUAUAUAAAUGAUAGCUUUUGUUUACUUUAGAUUUAUAAAAAAUAAUAGAAUUAAUUUUAUAUCAAAUAUCAUAAAAACAAAUGUGUUACGAAAUAUUUCUAUAUUACAUUUCAAUACUUUGAUAUGUUUUUAUAGCUGUUAAUAUAGAUAUCCUUUCAGCUUCUUCUUUUAUUCCAAUUUCUUGUAAAUCAUUGUCAGAAAGCAUUAGAAUAAGAUCCAUGUCUAUCUAUGUAAAAAAAAAUAUUUUUAUUAUCACUUAAGUAUUUUCAACAGUUAUAAAUUACUUACUUCUUCUUUAAGGAAUGUAGACAUGUGAUGACAUAAACCAUAGCAUUUUAAAAAAACAAUCAUUUUAGUUUGUUGUGAAUUUAGAACCAUUCCUCUUGGUGGAGUUCUGUAACGUGGAGGUGUAGGUGUUUUGUCACCAGAUACAUUUUCAUCAUUAAUAUAUUCAGGAACAUUUGGUGACUGUGUAGGACUAAAUUCUGGUAUAAAUUCAAGGGUAGUAUUAUGAUCAUUUUGAACAGAUGUGAGGUCUAAGUCUGCUGGUCGUAUAGACUGUAAUCUUUGAAGGAAUUAUUAUUUAUUAUCAUUCUUGAAAAAAAUAUUACUAUUUUAAAUAUAAUUGAUUUAUUGUACCUUUUAAGCAUUACAGUAGGUGAAUGUUUUGAAUCUUUUGUAGAUGUACAGAAUUCUAGCAAUUUAUUAUAUUCUGCUUCAGUUUCUGUCAUAAAUGGAUUUUUUUCAUCAUUUUCAUUAAUGGUGGCUAAAUUUGUACAAUUUUUCACAAAAUAUAUAUUUGGAGAAGUAGGAAAUUCUGUGUUAGAAAUGUCUAAGAAAGUAGGUGAUAUUAGACUUGGUUCUGAUGUAGCUGCAGAUAACAAGUUAAUACUAAGACAUUCUAAAUGUUUUUCUUUGUAAUUACUCUCCAGAGUUUUCAUUAAAUUAGAUUGAUUACUUGUAUCAGUAUGAUAUGUACCAAUAUUUAUUAAAGGGAUAUUAUUAUUAUUAUUUUUCU